GAAGAUUCUAACAGAGAGAUGCUACACUUUCACAACUACUGCAGAGCGUGAAAUUGUGAGGGAUGUGAAGGAGAAGCUAGCCUACAUUGCUCUUGACUAUGAGCAGGAACUAGAAACAUCAAAAACCAGUUCGGGUAUUGAAAAGUCAUAUGAGCUGCGCGAUGGGCAGGUGAUCACCAUCGGUAAUGAGAGGUUCCGUUGUCCGGAGGUUCUGUUCCAGCCAUCCAUGAUUGGGAUGGAAGCUGUUGGCAUUCAUGAACCCACCUACAAUUCCAUCAUGAAGUGUGAUAUAGAUAUUAGAAAGGAUCAUGAAGUGGGACCACUAUGUUCCCAGGCAUCGCUGACCGGAUGAGCAAGGAGAUCAAUGCAUUGGCUCCAAGUAGCAUGAAGAUCAAGGUGGUUGCUCCACCUGAGAGGAAGUACAGCGUGUGGAUUGGAGGAUCCAUUUUGGCCUCUCUAAGUACAUUCCAACAGAUGUGGAUCGCAAAGGCAGAGUAUGAUGAGUCAGGGCCCUCUAUUGUUCACAGAAAAUGCUUCUAAAU